AUGGCCGACGCCAAUCCGUGCGACUCUUCGACCCCGAACAAUGAAACCGAGGCCCCAAAGCCAACGGCCCCGGCUCAGCCAUCUGAGGAACGACCAGCCCCCAUUGAAAGGCGUGGUUCAUCUUUUAUGAAAUUCGUUGCUUCAAUCCUAGGCUCCAAAAAUCCGAUCGCGCAUCGGGCGGACCCACACACCAACACCGUUUGGCUGCUGGAUAACACCGCAUACCAGCUUGUGCCUGAACCAGGAGAAGCAGGGCGGACUGACCAACCAGCAGCAUGGCACGCCGAGUUCGUAGCUUGCAUCCUUGAGACAGAGGGCCGCAAGGAUGUAGGGAAGCUAGUCGCCUCGAUAGCAGACCACAUCGGGCUAGACGGUGAAACAGGCAUAGCCGACGAAGCAACACAUCAACGUAUCGUGGAUCGCAUUCAACCGUUCCUGGAUACCGUUUCCCCUGGUAGAACUGUCAAGUUACAGCUUGACAUAAGUGGCGAAGAACAAUUGCACGAACUGGGGCCCUCUGACCGGGGUGGGAUAAUCAGCCAGACCGUCGAGCUCGGAGCACCAUCCAUCCCAGACGGGACAGUCAUACGACCUCGCCUAGCCAACUUUGGAAAUAGCAUUGCAGUAAUGGAAACGCGUUUCGCUGCGCCGGAAGGCUGGCUGAUUGUUUCCGAUAUCGACGACACGAUCAAACGGACCAUGACUGUCGAUCCAACUGGUAUCCUCCGGACCACUUUCACGGAAGAACCGGUCCCGAUCGUCGGCAUGCCGGAAUUUUACCGUCAUGUUCACGAGGAGUUAAACCCGACUUGGUUUUAUCUCUCCGCCUCGCCCUACAAUCUUUAUCCGUUCCUGCACAGCUUCUUACAUGAGUACUACAUCCCCGGUACGCUUGUGCUGCGCGAGUAUUCCUUCUUUGAUGUUAAUGGCUUGAUUAAGUCAUUGACGGAGCGGACACAGGAGUACAAAACCGAUCGGAUGGAGAAGAUCAGACUCUGGUUCCCAGCGCGGAGGGUACUUUGUAUUGGGGAUUCAACGCAGAGUGAUCCUGAGGCGUAUGCGGAGAUGUAUCGAAGGUAUCCGACGUGGAUUCAUGCGAUUGCUAUCCGAAAAGUCACGGGUGUGGCGCAUAUGGAGGAGAAGAAUAAGGAUGAAAGGUUUGAGGAGGCAUUCAAGGAUAUUCCAGUUUCGGUGUGGACGGUUUUUGAGGAUCCUGUUGAGCUUUAUGGGUUCGUCGAUGGAUUGGGGAUGGAAGAUCUGGUGUUGUAG